AUGGAAGUCACAGAAGCUGUCACUGAGGAUCCAAAUCAAAUUCUGGAACAGAUCUGGCACCUCAACCUAACUUUAGGAGAAACUCUUAAAAGUGAAUGUCAAGAGAAUGAGAGUUUAGAGUAUGUUCCAGAACUGAUUGCUCUCCUUCUGGACUUGGUCAAAGCCCUCAGCCAACAACUGGAGCACACAGCUAAGAUUCUUCACAAUACCUACAAGCUACUGAACACACUCCAUGGUCAAGACUGGCAACAAGGUAAGUCUCCAACUGAAGGUUUCCUUGCAGAUUGGCUUCUGAAAUUAAGUAAGCACACAGUACAUGCUGUUGGACAAUUUGGAGACUCACAAAAUGAACUGCUUGAACUGAGCAGUAGAAAAGUGGAUCGAGGUCAGCAGAUCCUGUGUGCAUCUGAAACAUGUGAGUGCGAUGCUGGCAGAAAAGAAGUACAUGAUGUGCAGGUAGCACCAUGUACAAGUCAGCCAUCCUGUGAACCUUUCCCCAUGCAUGAGGAGGAACAAAAAAACCAGCUAAGAGGAAACAACGUGCUAGAAAUGGAAACAAUUCUAUCCUUCCCUGAAAAAUUACCUGGCAAAGAAGAGGAGUUUCCAGUACUCAUGACAAAUGAAAAUCAAAGUAUACCAGAGAAAUCAAUUGCAAUGCAAAGUCAGAACAAUGGCAUGGGAUCUCAUUCAGUGACACCUUCAGCCAAGAAACUUUCGGAAAACAUAGAUUUGGGCGACAUUCCAGGCAACCAUGGAAAAAAGGCAAUUCUGUCCAGAGAGGUGGAAAAUAGCAGUGAAAACCAGCUGCAGAUGCAUCCCAAUGAAGAAAAGCAGGCAGAAAAUGGGAAUAGCAGGCUGGGAGUGAAGCCAAGGAGGAGAUGUAAAGGUGUCAAUCAGAAGGAGAAAAGUAAUGAAAGUGCCGAAAGCAACUCGGAAAGUUCUACAAGGUCAGAAGAGUUAGUUAAAAACAAUCCCACCAACCUGUCCACCAGUAAGCCGGAGGAAGAGGACAAUGGAAGUGUCGUGAUGAGCAAAGAAUUUCUCAUGGAAGUGAGCAGUCAGAGUGAACCUGAAGUGGCUUGUGCAAUUACUGCCCCUUGUAACAUCCUAGAAAAUCUUGCAAUCACGGUUGUCAAUUAUUUAAGUUCCUUGGUGGUGGAUAAUGCAGAAGAACUGGUCAGCAAUGUCAUCUGUGUUGAGCAUAUCAACCAACCAACCGUUUCUCCAAUCACCCUCACCAUACCAUUUACUUCACGCUACAGAGGGAUGUACAAAGAUAUUAUGGUGAAGAUGACUGACACAAACUUUAAGUCAAGUUAUUUAACUCCAGUCUCUUUGGAAGGAUACCAAGGAAACCACAAGGGGACUUUUGCUGAGGUGAAAACCUGCCAGCUUGGCUUUUUUUGUGUGGUUUCAUGCUUAAAGAAGGAGACGUUGACCAUUCCACGGAAAGGUCUCUCGCGAAAACUAAGCAUGGACUGCAGAAUUUCCUUUUGCUAUCCACCAUCCACUUUCAAUUCCCGGGUGACAAUGCACCUAAAGGUGCAACCAAUUGAGCCAUCGACAAUAUCUUUGUUAAAAACCAAGCAUGAGACAUAUUAUUCUGUAGUGUCGACAAGCCCUCUGGUGUAUCUGCAAUAUUGUUCAUCCCAGCCGUUCAACAAAUCCAUCACAGUUAUUCUGCCUUGUCCCCCAAACCAAGAGAAGAAGAGGGAGAGCGAGGAGACAGACCGAGAGAGAACAACUAGUGCUUCUAUACACAGGGUUUCAGCAGUGCAUCAUUUUCGAGCAAUGAGUGCCUCCCCAAGAAAACAUGGUGAGAAUCUCAGUGAAUCUUUAAAAUUACUGGGAUACAGAAAUAAAGAAGAGGGAUGGGUGCUAUUGGAUGACAUCACAGUGAGAAAUGCACGGAAUGGCCUCGUGUCAUUUGAAUUAGAUGAGCACUUAGACAGCUUUAUUAUCAUUCGACUGUCAUCGCCUAUGGACAACACACAUCUGCUUCAAUUUAUUCAGAAUCUGGAGCAGGCCAUCUACAACACCAUGGUGAAAGUGGUUUUAUAUCAGCAAAAAGAAAAUCCCUACAAGAUAGUUGUCUUACUGGUUCCAUCCAAGGAAUUGAACUUGGAGCUGCAGAGUCUGCGUGAAGAGGGAUACUUUGGCCCUCCAGAACCCUCUCAGCAGUUCAGCAUGAGAGAAGGAGAACAGGUUCAUUUUAGAUUUAGUGGAAAUAUUUUUGCUUCAGAUGAUGGGAUAGCCUUUGGAAAAACCUACAAGCUUACUUUUCAUGCACAAAGGAAGCCAAGGCUUGCCCUCCAAAUCAAGGAAGUGGAUGAAUUUGGCAACUACAGUUCACCCCAUUACAAGGGAACGGCCUUGUUUUACAAAGUGAGCAAAGAUAACAUCGCCAAGAACUCGGAACACCCACACGAGCUGGAUGAUUACCAGCCUCAGGCCCUCCUCUGCAAGCUGUCCCUAACCUUGCCAAAGAAGGAAAAGCUGAUCAGCCGCCCACAAAGCACAAAAAGAACCUCAUCCAAUGCAUCAGAGGCAAUGUGGGACAACGUACUGUACUGGCUGGCACAAGAGCUGUCAGAAGAUAACGCUUCAUGCCUCGCGCUCUCUCUGCCUCUCCACCGAAGCACCCUUCAGCUUAUUAAACUGAAGUGCCCCGAUAAUCUCACAGAGCAGAUCUAUGAACUCCUGUGCUUUUGGAGAAGGAAUCUUCCCAGAUCAGCUGACAAGCUCCAGCUCCUCUCCCGCUAUCUCUGUAAGAGCGGCCGAAGCGAUCUCGUGGAAGAUCUGUACUUCAAGUGGAAAAACAAAGCCUUUGGGAGAAAAAUCUAUGGAUAG